AGUGCCAGUGCAGCGCUGGGUGACUCUCCCGUACUCGCUGCGGGAGGAGGGGGAGGGCGGGCGCUGUGUACCUUUCCCUCCCGUGCCUUUCCUCACUUUAAGGAGCCGGGGCCAAUCGCCGGCAGAAGGGAACAAAGGGAAGGGGGGGAGGGAAGCCCACCCCAGCAGCGGCCGCACCAGAAAAACCCCCAGGGAGGCAGAGCCCUGCGGCUCCCGCUGACAGCAGCGCGGCUCCGGACUGGUCGCCGGGAUUCGCGCUCCGCGGCGGCGCUGCUGCUGCUUCUCCUCCGUCCUCAUCCUCCUCGCCGAGUUUAAAGGGGGAGAAGCGUCCGGCAAAGGGAGAGAAACUUGGCUCGGCGAGUGAGUGCCCCUGGCUCCUAGCGUGUGGGGUGUCUGGCGGCAGCGGCGGCUCGGUCCUGGCGAUCAAGAUGAAAAGUAAAAAAGGUGUAGUUGCAAUAUCAGGCAGUGAAACGGAGGAUGAUGACACUAUGGAUGUCCCACUGGAUCUUUCCUCAUCUGCUGGCUCAGGCAAACGGAGGAGACGUGGCAACCUGCCUAAGGAAUCUGUGCAGAUACUUCGGGACUGGCUGUAUGAGCACCGAUACAACGCUUAUCCUUCAGAGCAAGAAAAAGCGCUAUUAUCCCGACAAACACACCUUUCCACACUACAGGUCUGCAACUGGUUUAUCAAUGCACGCCGCAGGCUUUUACCUGACAUGUUGAGGAAGGAUGGCAAAGACCCAAAUCAAUUCACUAUCUCGCGGCGAGGGACCAAGCUUCCCGAGGGCGGCCUGGUGGAGUCUUCCAUCAGCACAAAGAACUACAUUCCCCUGCUGGAGGAGACUGCCUUCCUUCCUGCUGGCGCACCGCUCGGCAAGACUGUGUCCUCUUCCAAGCCGUCUUCCCCGGGAUCGGUCCUGGCUCGGCCGUCGGUGAUUUGCCACACGACUGUGACUGCAUUGAAAGACGCCCCGUUCCACUUUUGCCAGCCGGCUGAGGUAGGCCAGACCACGGACCUGCAGCAGCCCCCAGCCAACGCCUUCACAGACAACUCCCUCUCCUACCAUGAGGACGCAUCUAAACUGGGACCUGGUGCAAAUGCACAAAGUGGGCUCUUUAACACUCCUCCUCCAACCCCACCAGACCUUAACCAGGAUUUUAGUGGAUUUCAGCUGCUGGUGGAUGUUGCACUCAAAAGGGCGGCAGAAAUGGAGUUGCAGGCAAAACUUAUGGCCUAAAUUCCCUUCCUUCUCCUUCCCCGUUUUGUUUUUCCAGGCAGGGAUCUAACAGCUGUGUGGUUAUUGCCACCCACACGAUAUCAAAAGACUUCACUGCAUUAUUAUUAUUUUUUUUUUAUUAAUCUUAUUUGCACAAGGGAUUGCUGAAAUGAAGCUUCCUGUCACUGAGAUGGUCUUCAGUGGAAUAUGGUCAUUCCAAGAAUUAUAAACUUAAAGCUACUGUAGAAAGAAAGGAUUGUGUGUUGGGUUUUUUUUUUUUUUUAAUGUUUUCUUUGUAGGUUUUUCAUAAUGUGAGAUGGUUCCCAAGAUCAUGUGAUUUGUUUUUGUUUCUUUCAGACUGUGCAAUAUCUAGUAAUGAUAGAGUCUUCUUAUCAUUCCCAUGUGGAACAGAAUAUACCGACACGCUGUCUAAAAUAAAUUUUCAAUUUUUUUAACAAUACAAACUUUGGAUGAUUAUGCUUUUUUCCCAUAAUGUAAUAAAAUAUUUUCUUUAAAAAUGGAUGCCUACAGAGUAUUUUGUUGAAUACGAGCUUUGCAAAAACCACGGCUUUAAUCUUGAAAUCAAUGGAAGUGAGAAAUACUUUUGUGCUCAUACUGUCUUUGUUUUGUUAAGAGAGCUAUGCUAGCAGUUGUUGUUAACCAGAUGUUUAAAGGAAUGCUGAAAAGUGGGCCAGAAGUACCUGAGUGUGUUCUGCUAUGUUGAAAUUUUUUAAAGGGGCCAAAGGGAGUUAUGUAGGCAACUUUCGUUAAAUUUCAGUGGGAUAUCUUAGGCCCUUCUACGAGUUCCAGCUUUUGACUCCCAGAAAUACUUCAGGGCUGUGAGAUGUGACAGCCCAUGGGGAAGUUGACCUGAAGACGAAAUUAGAAGGCAGAAGAAGGGGCUGGGGCAAGCAUUCUUUGCAGGUCUUUACGAUACAGCUCGACAAAUUUUGGAGAAGGACAAGGGCUCCCACUCUUACAUUUCUUUGACUACCAAUGACAAGGUUUUGACUCUGUAAUUCUAGCAGACUGAAAUAGAAGAGACUAUUGGAUUGAAAUCUGAAUUCUGGGAGCCAGGUCUUGGUAAGAUACUCAAACAGGUGGUUGACUAAGAUUUAGAAGAGAUCCCUGUUGUAUUGGGGUGUAUUUUGACCAACAGAAUCUAAAUUACCUUUCAGAAAAAGGCUCUGCUAUCAAAAUGACUUCUUACUGAAAAAUGUGAAGACUUGCAGCUCACAUUUCAAUUUACUUGAAUGUCAGUCACCCACCCCUAUUCUUCUAACAACAGUGAAAUAAGAGACCUCUAGGGGAAAAAAUCAGUUCCGGCUAAUCCUUAAAAACAAACCAGUUGUCUGUUUGGGAGGGUGGGGGAGGGCUUUGUGUGGAGCAGGAGAGCUGACGAAUUUAAGGAUAUCAUUCUGAGUAGAAGACUAAAAUAUUCAGACUGCAAUGUGUAUGCAUUUUGUUUUGUUGUGGCCUUUAUUUCUUUUUAGUGUCAGAAAUACUCUUCAUUUGUUCUCUGGAGUACUGUUUGGAAUUCUACUGAGCUUCUGCCUUUCUUUAUUUAACCUACAAGUUAAAAAUCAACGAUUAUAUUUAAAAGAAAAAGGGCAAAUUGUAAACACUGUGGCUUACUCCUGUCUGCAUCAGCUUCAAUAACACAAUCAUCCUAAUAUACUGUAUGCAUAUAAAUACUUUUUUAAGAAAACUUUCUACUGAAAUAAAGCUAGAAAAAUAUUUUUGAAUAUAGGCAGAGGUAGCUGAAUACUUUGUCUUCAAGGAAUAGCAUAUGAGUCUGGAAAGAGCCUUGCGUCUUGUCCCUUUGGGCACACUGUAAUUUAUACUUCUAGGUUAUUUUCCCGGGGAUGCCUAUGUAUGGUUUUUCACUUGUUUGUUUGGGUUUUUUUUAAUGGCUAAUUAUAAAAUAAAAUGAUAAUACAC